CCGCCUCCAGCGAUCACCAGGGCUCAUCGUGUCACAUACUUUUUGUGCUCGUCUGUGCCCUGCACAAAUACGCGUCGCGCACUUCUGGGAACACAUGCAAGCUCAAUGCGCCCUUGUAGCUGUUUGCAUGCACAAUGCGCCCUCACGCAUGCAUCGAAGCCAAAUUUAGCACAAAUCACAAAGGCCGCCAGCCAUUCACUUCAGUACAAUGCAGAUGUUGCAAGACAGGCACCAUUAUCAGCGCCUUGGCCGUGCAUCUCGUCCGUUCACAACAGACCAUCGUAUUGCUGGUGCGAAGCAUGAUUGGUUCAGUGGUGAUCCUGCUCAUGUGGGACGGGAUCCCCUGUGCCUGGCAGCUCUUGUCCUCCCAUGAAGUUGAAGAUCAACGGAAUUUUCUUGGCACACUCCUCAGGGCAAUGUCACAUCUGCAGCUUCCAGCCAUGCCUAGCGGGAGCACAGUAUCAUGUGUGGACAUGAACAGUACAAUACACGGGUGGAAAAAUCGAAUUCAGGCCAUCCCAUCCAUAGCAAACGGGGCGCCGCACUCACCCGGCAGCUCGCGUUUGUCAUCGGACGCACCAGCACCAACUGUCGAAGCAUCAUCACUGGUUGUGUGCUUUGAUCUGUCUGCUAAAGCCCGCCCCUUGACUCGCAGCCUUCGCGGGGACAUGCAUGCCCAGCGCUGCAUAACAGAUUGCUGUGCCGUGCAAUCGAGGCAGACAUUGUGGUCUCCACCUGGGAGACCACUGUUGCAAGGGCGCCGUCCAAUGAUGAUGUUCUCGCGACCAGGGAGUUCAAAAAGCCCGCUUUGCUCAGUAUAAAUAAGGGCGAAUGCAGCCCAGUAGAGGUCCUCGAAAGAUGGCACUGACUCGAGUCCUGGUAUUGUCCAAAGGUUCGGCUUGGUGCUCACAAGUACGGACUAUUGACAUUCGCAACAAAUAAGCACAUCACUCUUCCCUCACUUCAUUUCCAGUCUCACCAAGGUGCUGAGUAAUUACUACCUUUGUCCUGUUGCGCG